AUGUGGAAGGGGAGUGACGCACAUGUGUCCCCUAUCGGUUUGUCUUUAGCCGCUCAAGCCCUUACUCACAAUUCCGCCUGUCCAUGCUUCCAACCUACUUGUGGGCUCAACUAGGUGGCAAGUUUUCUCUUUCUUCUAUUUUUUUAUUUUUUUUUCUUCAUUUACCUCAAAAAUAAGAUUAUAAAAAUUAUAUAAAUUCACAUAAGAUCCCAUAAUUAGCCAAAUUAACCAACUAAAAACUAUUUUUCAUAAUUUGACAUAAAUAUAAGUCUAUUUAUCAUGAGUUAAGAUUAAAACUAUAAAUUAUUAACUCAUGAUAAUGAAGACUUAUCAACCAUCUUCACUAAAGUAUGUAUUUUUUGAUUGACAUCAAGCUUAUCCAAUGAUUAUAUCAUCGUAUUUGUCUAAGGAUCAAGGGAAUAGAUUACUUGAUGUGCUUAGUACAUAGAGAGAGGUGAUUGGCUGGUCUCUAGUAGAUAUUUGAGGACUUGAUCUAUUUGUGUGUAUGCACAUAAUUUAUCUUGAGGAGAACUAUCAUUUUUUUUUAUGCAUUUCCUUACUAGCUUUUGUUUUAGACAUAUUUUAUUGGUCGAGUGCUUUAGUUAGAACCAUUCAGGGGCAAUGGUGUAGUAGAUGGGGCAUAAAAAUCAGAAUUUUCUUCUCUUUUCCCUUCUCUCACAUGCAUUAAGAACAAUGCAAGACUUAAGUAGGGGGGAGGUUAUCUCUUCCUUCAUUUGCAUGCAUUAGAGAUAAUGCAUCAUUCAAGUAGGGGGGAGAACAAAAAAAAUUCAAAAAUGUUAUGAAUAUUUUAAAACUUUUGCUGCAUUGAUUAUUGCACAAACACGUAUGCUUAAACGAACAAAGCCUAAUGCUCCUUUGAAAGGGUAAGUCAAUUAGAAAAGUUUACCUUCUCUAGAUUAGGGGUGUGGAUCUCAUGAAAAAAAGAUAGGUGAAUUCUUUACCAUGAUCAUUAUUCUUUGAAGUAUGAAGGAGUUUUAGGUUGUAUUCAUGGGUAUGUGGUGCGACAAUAAAUGGCUAAUGAUAGUAUAUUGUGGACGAAAACGAUUGAACUAGAUCAUCUUAGUCUAGUUAUUAUGUUGUGGUUGAUAAGUCUUCAUUAUCUGUAUUUACCUUAUAUUUAUCAAUAUUUAGUGCAUAAAAUUAAUAGAAAUAAUACAUGUUACAUUUAAUUCGUACGUAUUCAGAUUUCAUUCAUACAUAAACAUGCAUUUUAAUAUUUUUAAUAUUAUUUUAAGAUAAUUAAUUUUAAAUAAUUAUGCAUGAAAUAUUUUUUAUGUGAGUUUUAGGAUUUUCUAGAAUUUAUUCUGGAUUUUCUGAAUUUUUCUAGAAUUUCUCAUAAUUUCUAAGAGUUUUUGAUAUUUUUUAGGAAUUAAUAAAGGUCUAAAAUAAAAGAAAAUCAGAAUGAGUUGGGCUGGGCCGAGCCAAGUGACCCAAUGGGCCGGAAUAUUCAGAGGCUAAAAGUUAAACCAUCAACAGGUCGACAGUGGAAGCAGAACCGACGAGUUAGCAUGAGACUUAAGCAGAUGUGGGACACGUGGCCCACACGGAUUCGACGACAUUUCAAUGGACAUCGUGAACAGAAAUUGGCACAAUUUACGUCAGACCCCAGAGAGAAAUGUAAUUGGAGAUCCGUACCUAAUGGCAGAACGUAAAAGAGGAGCGGGUGAUAGAGUGAGGCUGUCAUUGAUCUCUCUUUCUUUCGCGCCUUUUCUCGCUCCCUUUGUCUGUCUGCUCUCUCUCACUCUAUCUUGCUCUCGCUUUCUUUCUGUGGAUGCGUCCUCGCUCUACGAAGCACGGCGGAGUUCGGACAGCCGGCCGCCUUCUCCUCUCCUCUCCGUCGAGUUCUUCUGGAUCCCUUUCUCGUGCGCGAAUCCGGAGGAAGAGUGGGAGGCCGCAUCCGGUGGAGGAGUCCACCGCCGAAGACGCCGAGGUCACGGUCGGCGCCGCCUCACGGAGAGGUCGUACGUUCCCAGGCUUCUGCUUCCCUGAAAGGCCGCUCCGGGUAUGUUCUGGUGCCGUCUUUCGACGAAUUCUCGCCUUUCGUUGAUUCGGGGGUUAUGUUCUAGUGCCGUCUUUCGAUGGGUUCGUGAUUUUCUCUGUGUCGGGGGCAUCUUCUUGUGGACUCUUUCGAUGGGAUCUUUAUUUUCUUUGAUUUGGACUUUCGGUUGCCUGCGGUGGUGCGGGUGGUGCGAGAUUGCUGAAGAAAGCUCUGGCUUUCCUCCUUCCUCUUAUUUAUUUACUUUCUUCCGAUUUGUUUUGCCGCUUCGUUGCUGAUUCGAUUUGAUGUUUGGUCUGGGUAGGGGGAUCUAUCUUCUUCUUUAGACUUCCAUCAGAUUGCUCUUUGGGGACGGAUGAGUGUUACAGUCUGGAGGAGAAAAGAUUAUUUCAGCAAGGUUUAUCGAUUGACGGUGACGGGUGAGCGUGUUGAAUCAAGGGGCACAUUCGAUUUUCAGAUCGCUGAGCGAUCGACCAGGGUCUGGAGAAGAACCCGGUGAUUUCCGGCAGGAAACAACACCCUCCGUACCUGCACCUCUCCCGAGCGUUAUUCCCCACCCAGAAAAGCCAUCAGAACUUGGUGGCGGGCUGUCCUGUUGAGAAAGCAGCUGGAAUCGAGGGAGGAAGUGUGGACGAGGUUGUCGGGCUACAGGAGGAAGCGAGGAUGUCUCCCAUCCCGGAUCGGGUACAUGCUUCGACGUCCCUCAUUCCUUUCCUUGACGGCGACUGUAGAGAGCUUUCUCUCCCCAUCCCAAAGCACAUCACAUCUUGACAAUAGGAAUGUCCUAUCCAAAAUCGACAGGUGCAGGUCGGAAAUUCUCCAUUAUACAAGGUAGAGAGAAUGUUGGGAGCAGGAGGUUUUGGGCUGGUCUACAUUGGACGAAGGGUGGCUGGUGGAUCUCAGGGCAAUGGGCCCAAUGCCUUUAAGGUUUAGUUUCAACCUCCCAUCACUCCUGCCACGGGAAUCUUUAAAUACUGCUGUUUUAUGUUGUCUCUUUCAUUUUCCUGCGGUGGGUGUAGGUAGCACUGAAGUUUGAGCAUAGAAAUAGCACGGGUUGCAGAUUUGGCCCCCCAUAUGAAUGGCAAGUUUAUGAGUAAGAAGACACCCCCUACUGCUCUAAUUUAUUACGUAUUGUGUCGAUCUAAAACUAUGUUCUUCACCUGACUUUGUGAAUAUGGUUUUAGCCAUCUCAAGGGAUGCUAUGGAUUACCUAGGGUGCACUACAAGGGCCGCCAAGGAGAUUAUUUCGUCAUGGUUGGCGUAGAGUCUUUCAUUUUAUUGUUUCCUCGAAUUAUAUUUUUUAUUGAAAGCUAGUUAUGAUAUUGUUGAUGAUGAUUGCUGCAGAUCAUGGACAUCCUUGGACCAAGUCUUCUGGAUGUGUUCAUAUCCAUUGGGCAAGUGUAAGAAAAUAAUCUUGACUUCAUAUUCAAAGUCAAUAUUCUGUUGAAAAUUGUGCUAUUGAGUUUGACUAACUCCUUGGACAGAAUGCCACCAAAUAUGGUGGCUUGUAUUGCUGUGGAGGCAAUAUCCAUCCUUGAGAAGCUACACCAAAAAGGGUAUGUAUGGCUUUGUGGCAGUGUGAUAUUUUUUCAAUUAUAUUUUCGCAAAGGUCACAGUAAUUAAUUCAUUGCUCCCUUGUGCACUCCCUCCCUCCACCCACACAAAAAAAAAACAUGCCAGGUUUGUGCAUGGAGACGUCAAGCCAGAGAAUUUAUUGUUGGGUAAACCCGGAAGCUCAGGGGAGAAGAAGCUUUUUCUCAUCGACUUUGGGCUGGGUAUGUUGCUGCAUUCCAAUCACUUCUUGUUUUCACCUCUCGCGCCUAUUGAUUUUAGAGUAGGGUUUGUUUUUCCAAGUAUAUAAACAAAUUUGUCUUGACUGAGAAGUCCCUGUCUGUAUCAACAUCAGUGAUAUUUUUGUGCUUUGUUCAGAGCCUGUACAAAUGCUAAUUGGUGUCAUUAAUAUUUUAAUCAGCUUCAAUGUGGAGGGACAGUUUGUCAGGCCAGCAUGUCAGAUUAUGCCAACAGCCAGAUAAUUUCAGGUUUUUUGGGAAACGAUAUUCUAUUUUUUCCCUAAAUUCUUAGCUAAGAUGAGGAUUCAUAAAAUCUUACCCCUACCUUACUAUCUAUCUCAUGUUCCCUAGGGGCACAACACGAUAUGCAAGCGUCCAUGCACAUUUAGGCCUCACAGCGAGUAGAAGAGAUGAUCUUGAGUCAUUGGCCUACACUCUGAUUUUUUUGAUUAAAGGAAGGCUGCCGUGGGAAGGCUAUCAGGUUUGCUUCCACCUCUACUUGUACAUGUUCUCCCAUCUCUUUGAUUCAUCACUUGCUGAUUCUUAUGCCAACUAUGUAGGGGAAUGACAAGAGGUUUCUAGUCUUCAUGAACAAGACUGUAACCUCCCCCGAGACGCUGUGUGGUGGCUGUCCCCCUCCUUUCGCACAAUUCCUUGAAGCAGUGAAGAAGAUACAAUUUGUUGAGCAGCCCACCUACUCGAAGCUCAUUUCUCUUUUUGGAAGCUUGAUAUGCCCCCCCUGCACCCUGUUAAAGACCAUUCGGAUUGAUGCAAUUUUGAAGGUGGUUGCAAACAUGACAUCACUGAAAUUACCUCGCAUAUUUUUAUUUUAUGUCAGAUGGUUUUAUCUCUUUUUCAUGGCUCUAUCAUCUGUUGUUAAAUAGGCUGACCAUGUUUCCAACAGGUUCACCAAAAACGUGGAAGAUUGCAGGUAAAUCAUGAAGAAGAUGAGUGUCAUAGAAAGAAACGGAUAAAAUGUUUGAUUGAUGACAGACCAUGACCAUGUACAUGUAAGAAUAUAAAUAAAAUCUGUAAAGUGCCAAUUGAGAAAACAUAAAUCUCAUGACUAAAUUAUUUAUUAUUAUUGUUCUUAUUUAUUCAUAAAGAAAAUGAUAGUUUAAAAGCCUCAUAUUAAGGGCAUGAAUAUAAUACUUUUUUUAAUGUAAUCAUAACUAUUGAUAAAGGUGUGUAAUUAAUAUUUAUGCAAAAAGAGAAACUAUAUCAAUCAAUGAUAAUAAUAUAAGACAAUCAUUUAGAGGGCGUGAGUAUAAGUAGAUAUUUAUAUAAUAGUUACUUUUGCUAGGAAUAUGUAUCAUUUAUUGCCAACAUUUAAACUUUAGAAAUGUUUUGUACCUACUAUUUAUUCACCUUGGAAAUGGCACCACUUUAGACGUAACCUAUUAAGUACAGGAAUAUAAUAUGUUUAAGUACAUUCACACUUACAAAUUAUCAGAAACAAUUAUUAGACCCAUAAAUGUAAAUUUUAUGCAUAAAUAAUGAAUAUUACUUCUUUAUAAGAAAGCUGGCACAUAAAAAUACAGUAUUAAAGGGAAGAAAUCUAAUAUUAUUUCAUACAAUCAUAAUGUUUAGUUGCAAUGAAUAAUUACUAUAGUUUACCAAAAAUAAAAAAAUUAUCAUUAAAUAAAUGAACACUACAAGUAUUGGAUUAAAUGGCACGAAUUUUAUAGUUUAGGUUAUAUUUAUUUAUUAGAAUAUUAAAUAUUAUUAGAAAUAUUAUUUAUUAGAAUACGUAAAGUUAUGAAGAAAUAAUAAUUAUGUAUUGGAAGCUUAUGUGUCCACCAAAGGACACACAUCCACCCCAUAAUGUGUUCAGAACCACAUGUAGUCCAAAACUGAAAGUAAUGUAAUGCCAUAAUUGGUUCCCAUCAUAGUAAAAGUAUGAUUUCUUUAGUGAUGAUCUAAAAAUUAAGAAACAUCUAAAUUCAUAGAAGAUUGGGUAGAUAAAGAGGAGUUUGAAAUAAAAGUCACGUAGCUAUGCUUUGUAAUGUCUUCAAUUUGAAAAGCAUAUUUUGACAAAGUUAAAUCUUAUAUGAUUCACAUGGAUGAAUGUCAUCAUAUAUACCUUUUAUACAUUGCACCCUCUAGAUGUUUUCCUAAACUUGAAGUAAAAUGUAGCCAUCGUCAAAUCUUGAUUCAUUCCAUUGAUGAGUGGAAAAUAAAUUUCUUGUCUAAAGUAGGACUUUAAGUAUAAGUAGGAAAGUUAUUGUAUUAACAAGUGUGCCGACCAUCACAUUUAUGAGGAUGAUGAAUUAAUCAUGGAAACUAUUUAUUGAAACAAAUUAUUAUCUAUUUUGACUGUAGUCGAAUGUACAAUUGUAAUUAAGAGUUACAUAAUUCUAUAUGCGACCCCUAUUAAAUGUUUUUGAGCAAAUCUGUUGUAUAUAAAUUUGUAUAUAGUUUUACACAUAUAAAAUGAGAUUUUUGCCUUUUUAAGAGCACACGUACAAUAUUUUCAAGUAAAUUGAUAAUUUUCAAGUACAAUAUUUUUACCUUUAUUAUUUGUUAAUAUAAUGUCUUUUUUUGUCAUAAUAGGAAACCACUGAUAAGUUUUCAUUAUCAUGAGUUCAUAAUUAGUAAAUAGUAUAGUUUUAGCCUUAACUCAUGAUAAAUAGACUUAUAUUUCUGUUAAACUAUGAAAAGUAGUUUUCAAUUGAUUAAUGUGAUUUUUUUAGCUAAUUAGGUAAUUUUCUAUACAUUUAUAUGAUUUUUAUAGUCCUAUUUUUGAGAUAAAUCAAGAAAAAGAAAUAAAAAUAAAAAUAUAGCAAAAAGAGGGGACCCACCAGCCAACCGAGCCUGCAAGUGGGUCGGAAGCAUAGUCAGGGGGAGCCGUGAGCAGGGGCUCAGGUUGCUAGGACCAAUGGGGGCAUGUGUGCGCCACUCCCCUUCCACAUGACCAAUGGCCAGCUGGGUCUGAGACAAGGAGUGGUCGUACAUGUGAGAGAAAAGUACUCAUUACUUGUAAAUGUGAUAUUACUAUAUAUUCGCCUAAAACUUUGGCGCACAAGGGAUGUGGGACUAAACCCACAUCACACUUUCCCUUGAAAGGCUUCGAAGAUUUUAAUAUCUAAAUUACUCCUUAGUUAUAAUAGAGAUAGACUAUGUUGACGUCACUUGAUAAGGGCAUUAGAGUACUUAUUUCAAUCUCUCAUGUAGGCGGGCAAUCGGCACGGGUUUGAAUCCUCCGAGAGCCCAAUGAUGGAAUAUCUUCACUUUCUUGUAGAUCACCAGUGAAGGAUUAAGUCACUAAAAUCAUUAAAUCAUUGCCAAAAAUCUUGUGAACGCAAUUCGCAAAGCAUUGUUACUAAAAUUGCUGAAAAUGAUUCGCGAUAAAAGGAUCACGAAUCUAUCAAGUAAAUCAUCUCUAAUUGAUCGAUGAACAAGUCAUUGUCGAGAAGAGGACGAUCUGCAGGGAGACGAGUUGCCACCUCUUGAGAGCAUCCUGGAUGUGAUGAAGAGCCUCCUCUUGCUGCACGGACGUAAGGAUGAAGCUCCUUAACAUGCGCCCCACCUCCAUCUAGCUCCUCUUCGUCGGGUGACUGAUAAGUCUUCAUUAUCAUGAGUUAAUAAUUAGUAAAUAAUAUAGUUUUAGCCUUAACUCAUGAUAAAUAGACUUAUAUUUGUGUUAAAGUGUGAAAAGUUGUUUUAAGUUGAUUAAUGUGAAUUUUUGGAUAAUUAUUUGAUUUAUACGAUUUUUACAGUCUUAUUUUUGAGAUAAAUGAAGGAAAAGAAAUUAAAAUAAAAAUAUAGUAAAAUGGGGGGACCCGCCGGCCAGCCAGGCUCGCAAGUGGGUCGGAAGUACAGUUGGGGAGUAGCCGCGAGCAGGGGCUCGAGCGGCUUGAACCGAUGGGGGCACGUGUGCGCCACUCCCCUUCCACGUCACCGAUGGCCAGCUGGCUAUGGGAUAAGAAGUGGUUGUACACGCGCGAGAAAGGGACUUGCUUAAAAAUCUAACAUUACUAUAUAUUUGCCCGAAAAUUUAGUGCACAACCGAUGUGGGACUAAACCCGCGUCACCUUCCCAGAAGGGGCGGGGCAACUAGCACGGGUUUGAAUCCUCUUAGAACCAAAACUCAUAUGUUUUUAUCUGAUUAUCGCGACUUUCUUGUAGAUCGCCGUUGAAGGAUUAAGCAACCAGAAUCGCUGGAUCAUCGGCAAAAAUCUCGUCAAUGCGAUUCACAGAGCAUUGCUACUAAAAUAAAUGAACAAUUCACGAUAAAAGGAUCGCGAAUCCACCGAGUAAAGCAUCUCCGAUUGAUCGACGAACAAGCUAUCAUCGAGAAGAGGACGAUCUGCUGGGAGACGAGUCACCACCUCCUGAGAGUGUACCGGAUGCGAUGAAGAGCCUCCUCUUGCUACGCGGACUUGAGGAUGAAGCUCCCUGACACACGCCCCACCUCCAUCCAGCUCCUCUUCGUUGGGUGACAGCCGCCAGAGAGCCGCAAAGUCGCCAUUUUUCCGCUUCGUCAAGUGAUAGCCAUCGAAGAUGAUUUGACGACCCAUUUCAUUGAUCUCUAGACUUCGCAAGGAGAUCUAGAGAUUGCCCACAUCGUCCUUGUCCAAGGAGAGCCUUUGAGACUGUGGACACUACACGACUAUCCUCCCAAACGCUUAGGAUUCCAGUGCAUCGCUGACGUAUCGCCGUCGUGAUGCCGGAACUCUAUUUUCCUACUUUCACCUUACUUUACGCUUCAUUUAGUGAUAAUUUGUGUGACUUUAAUUUACCAAAAUAUACUUCGUUCAAUUACGAUUCUUCUUGCUUUUACAAAUCUUAAUUUGAUCAAUUAAAUCGUCUGUAAUCGCUUACGUAAAAAUCGUCGGGCAGAACUCUAUUUCCGCCCGAUUCAUGUUCGCCGGGCGCUGACUUCAUCCUGAGGUCCGCACCCUUAUUUCCUUUUUCUGUGAAUUUUAAAUAUAUUUCCUUUUCAUUUCCUAGUAUAAAAUUCAUACAAAAUAGUAUUCUUUGCUGAAAAUUCUGAAUAAUUACCAAAUAUUAUAUUACAUCUUUGUGAUUGACUUGGAAAAUUACUGCUAUUUUUGGAAAUUUUUAUUGAAUUAUGAUUAAUAUAUUUUUUCAGAAAUACUUCUAAAUAUCCAAAAAUUCGUAUUUUAUAGUUUUAUAAAUUUUAUAUUUACGUGAUUUAAUAUACAACGACUAAGUCACGUCAAAUUUUGGUGCCGCUGCCGGGGAUGUAUUGCAUACAUUUAGUAUUUUUCUAUUUUUCUCUUAGAGUACACAAAAAAAAAAAUAACUCUUGUUUUAUUUUUUUCUUGCCGAAAUUUUUUUUUAGAAAAAGGGAACGAAAAGAAGAAAGGCAAGGACUAGAGCAUACUGAAAGAGGGUAACAAUUACUAAACUUUUUCCCCUCGAAUUUAUUGAUUUUUUUAAUGCAUGGUGGAAGAUCCCUGCAUCCAAGGCUAGAAAAUCCUUUCAUUAUUUCAUUCAAAACUUAAAAUCUGAAAGAAAAAAAUUAAUUUUGAUAGAUCUUGAAGAAAGUACAGGUCAAACUGAGAACAAUCCUAUGGCCAUGAAAAAUUAUUAUAUCCCUGAUUCAUUUCAAAGAGCAUCCAAUAUUAAAGUCCCAUUAGCACCCACUAUUAAAUUUGAAAUAAAUCCAGGAAUUUUUCAAAUGCUCCCUAAUUUUCAUGGAUUGCCUUUAGAGGAGCCUCAUCAGCACUUAGAAAAAAUUUAUAUGAUUUGUGAUUUAGUUAACCUCCCUCAAGUUACACCGUAAAUUAUUAAGAUGAAAUUAUUUCCUCAUACACUUAGGGACAAAGCUAGCCAUUAGCUAUCCACAUUAGAUAGAGAAUUAACUAGCUGGAAAGACAUAGAACAGGCUUUUCUUCAAAAAUUUUAUCCCUUAGGAAAAACUUAAAAUAUGAAAAAACAUAUAUGGAAUUUUUCUCAAAGACCAGGAGAAACUUUGCAUGAGACAUGGGAAAAAUUCAAAGAUUUACUUAGAAUAUGUCCUCAUCAUGCUAUACCCAAGUGGCAGCUCAAUAGAAUUUUUUAUGAUGGAUUAUUAGAACAACAUAGAAAUAUGGUUGAUUCUAUAUGUGGAGGAGCUUUUAUGGAGAAAACCCCUAAUGAGAUUUACAGUCUUUAUGAAAAUUUAAGUGAAAAUUCUAGAGAUCAAGCCUCUUUUGAAUUAUAUGACAGGGAUAAGAAGAGAGGAAUUUAUGAAUUGCAUCAUGAUGAUGAUUCUAAAUUGAGAAAUAAAGUUAAUCAGAUUAAUCAAAGAUUAGAAAAACUUGAUUUACUUAUUGACAAUAUUAGAAAGCCUCUUAACCCUCAAUUUAAUUCAAAUAGUACAUGUCCUAUGUAUGGUGAAAAUGAUUAUUCUGAAUUUCAAUGCUAUAAUUUAGAUCAAUUAUUUCACCCUAGGCAAGAACAAGUGCAAGUAGCUCACGGUUUUAAUAGAAAUAGGAAACCUUUUUCAAAUUCUUAUAAUCCUAAUUAGAGGAAUAAUUUUUCAUAGAGAGACUCAAAUAAUAUUCAAAAUCCAGAAGCACUUAGACCCAAUUCAAACUCUAAAUUUCGUCUAAAACAAGAAAACAGAUUUCAGAAAAAUCAGCCCUCUCAAACCCAACCUGAUACUAUGGAAAUGAUGCAGCAAAUGAGCCAAAUGAUGCAACAAACUAUGAAUCAAACGAUGCUGCACUAGAAAUAAAUUAUAGAAACUUUUGGGAAUAAGAGAGAAGAGGGACAACCACUUAAUCAGCCUAUAGAAAAUUUAGGAAAUUGUCCAAUAGUAGGAUUUCAAUAAGGAGAGUCUAGCGGGAUAAAUUUAGAAAAAAAACCACGAAAUGAAAAUUUUAGGACAGUGAAUACAUUGAGUGAGAAUAUUUUACUUGAUCCAUAUUUCCAAUUAUUAGAAGAAAUUGAUGAGCCAUUAGAAGUAAAUGAGAAUAUUAAGGCUGGAAAUAUAGUAGUAGAAAAAUUGAAUAAAAUCAUUUAUUGCUCACAACUGAUGAAUGAAUAUAGUGAGGAUGAUGAGGAGAAAGAGCCCUUAGAUGAAGAAAUAGCAGCUGAUCAUGGAAGAAUCAUCCAAAUUUUAGUAGAAGGGAGUAAGGACAGAAAUGAAGAGAAACAUAUUUCAAGUGAGGAAAAAUCAGUUGAUUUGGGAGAUGUAGGAGACAAAAUUAAUAAACCUAAUUGACGUGACUCAGUCGUUGUAUAUUAAAUCACGCAAAUCUAAAAUUUAUAAAACUAGAAAAUACAAUUUUUUAGAUAUGUAGAAGUAUUUUUGAAAAAAUAUAUCAAUUAUAAUUCAAUAAAACUUCCAAAAAUAGCGAUAAUUUUCCAGGUCAAUCACAAGGAUGUAAUAUAAUAUUUGGUAAUUAUUCAGAUUUUUUCUGAAUGAAUACAAUGUUCUAUGAAUUUUACACUAGGAAAUGAAAAGGAAAUAUAUUUAAAAUUCACGAAAAAAGGAAAUAAGGGUGUAGACGUCAGGAUGACGUCAGUGCUCGACGAACGCGAAUCGAGCGGAAACAGAGUUCCACCCGGCGAUUCUUACGUAAGCGAUUACAAACGAUUUAAUUAAUCAAAUUAAGAUCUGUAAAAGCUAGAAGAAUCGUAAUUGAACGAAGUAUAUUUUGGUAAAUUAAAAUCACACAAAGUAUCACUAAAUGAAGCGUAAAUUAAGUUUGAAAGCAAGAAAAUAGAGUUCCGGCGUCGCGGCGGCGAUGCGUCGGCGAUGCACCGGAAUCCUGAGCAUUCGGGAGGAUAGUUGUGUAGUGUCCACGGCCUCGAAGGCUCUCCUUGGACAAGGACGAUGUGGGCAAUCUCUAGAUCUCCUUGUGAAGUCUAGAGAUUAAUGAAAUGGGUCGUCGAGUCGUCUCCAACAGCUGUCACCCGACAGAGCGGAAAAAUGGCGACUUUGCGGCUCUCCGGCGGCUGUCACCCGAUGGAGAGGAGCUAGAUGGAGGUGGGGCACGUGUCAAGGAGCUUCAUCCUCAGGUCCGCGCAGCAAGAGGAGGCUCUUCAUCGCAUCUGGUACGCUCUCAGGAGGUGGCGACUCGUCUCCCAACAGAUCGUCCUCUUCCCAACGAUGGCUUGUUCGUCGAUCAAUCAGAUAUGAUUUACUCGAUGGAUUCACGAUCCUUUUAUCGCGAAUCUUUCUGUAAUUUUAGUAACAAUGCUCCGCGAAUUGCGUUGACGAGAUUUUCGCCGAUGAUCUAGUGAUUUUUGUUGCUUAAUCCUUCACCGGCGAUCUGCAGGAAAGUCACGAUAAUCAGAUAAAAAUAUGAGUUUUGGCUCUGGGAGGAUUCGAACUUGCGCCGGUUGCCCCGCCUUUUUUGGGGAAGAAGACGCGGGUUUAGUCCCACAUCGGUUGUGCGCCGAAGUUUCUAGCGAAUAUAAAGUAAUAUUACAUUCCCAAUCAACCGCGCAUGUACGACCACUCUUUGCCCCACAGUCGGCUGGCCACCGGUGACGUGGAAGGGGAGUGGCGCACACGUGCCCACAUCAUCGGUUCACGCCGUUCGAGCCCCUACUCGCAGCUACUCCCCGACUACGCUUCCAACCCGCUUGCGGGCCCGGCUGGUCGGUGGGUCCCCCCAUUUUACAAUAUUUUUAGUUUUAUUUCUUUUUCUUCAUUUAUCUCAAAACUAAGACUAUAAAAAUCAUAUAAAUUCGUAUAAAAUCACAUAAUUACCCAAAAAAUCACAUUAAUCAACUGAAAACCACUUUUCACACUUUAACACAAAUAUAAGUCUAUUUAUCAUGAGUUAAGGCUAAAACUAUAUUAUUUACUAAUUAUUAAUUCAUGAUAAUGAAGACUUAUCACCAAUCAUAAUUUUGCAGCCAUGGAUGUUGAUAGUGAGGAUAAUGAUGUAUAUCAUAUACCGAAAUUAAAAGAUAGCUCUUGGGAAGAUGAAGAAUUUGAUGAGUUGAGAAAUGAAAAGUUAGAAAAAGAGUUGAUUCAACUAAUGGGGAGAAAUGAAAAUAAUGAAUAUGAAUAUAGAGAUAAUUUUGGAGGAGAAAAUUUGAAUUUUACUGAAUUCGUUAGAUCUGAGAUUAAAGAAGACAAUCCUUCCAUCUUUCAAAGCCCACAGCCCAUUAUAAUUAUUUCUAAGCUUGAAAUAUUUCACUCCUCGCAAAUUGAACAAAUAUGUAUGGAAGAUAAAAUGGAGCAGGGGAAGAUUAUGCAGAUAAAAGAAGACAUUAAGAAAUGGGUGAGUGGAAGAAUUAGAGAUAUCAAUUUAGAUGAAAAGAAUUUAGAUUGGGUAAGAGCUAAUUUGAAAAUUAUAUGGCCUGAUCACAUUUUAUGGUCUAUUAAUAGAAAGUAUUUAUUAAUGAAUGAGAGCCUUACAAAACAAGAUAGAAAUGAGGAAAGAUUCUUUUCAAAAUAGAAAUAUUAUUUUUGGGAAAUGAAUUUAUGCUAAAUCUGAAAAGAAAUAUCAUGAAACUUACCUUGGGAUACAAAUAUAUUUUGAUGGCCAUAGAUCCAUCUUAUAUGAUCUAAGAGCUGUCCAGCUGAAGACAUUAAAUCCAGUGCUGCAUGGGAGGCAACCCAUCAUUUUUAUUUUAUUCUGUUUGAUUUUUUUCUAAGCUCUGUUUUUCUUAGAAUUUUGUAGUACUUGUUUCUGUAUUUGUUUUUUCGAAAAAGUGCAGGAGGAGGAGUGUAAGAUGAAGUGGAAAAUUAAAAACGAGGUUGGGGUGAUGUCUUUCUAAGCUUUAUCAUUUAUGAAAAUAUUUUUAAUGCUUAACUUUGCACAUAUGCAUGCUUCACUUGAAAAUUAUAUUUUCUGCAUAUUCUGUUUCGAUUUUCUGUGUCAUUGAGGACAAUGUCAUUUUUAAGUUGGGGGGGAAGUAUUCAUUAUUAAUUUAUGCUGUAGGAUGAUUAAGUACAUGUGUUUGCAUUAGAACAGCAACUUAAAAAAUAAUAAUAAUAAAUAA